GCAGGUAUCCCAGGGUGCCCCGCGGGCCUAGGGCCGUCUGGCCUGGUGCGCUCGCAGGCAUUGCAGGCCCGGCGGACGCAGGAGAAGGCGAAGGCAGCGGAAGCGGCCGUGGGCAGUGGCGAGGGAGGCGGCGGCCGGAACACAUCUCGGACAACUGCCGGCCGCCAGAGCGAAGCGGGGCGGCAUGUCGGAGCACGCGGCGCCCGCGGCCCCGGGGCCCGGGCCCAACGGCGGCGGUGGCGGCGGCGGACCGGCCCCCGCGCGAGGCCCGCGCACCCCCAACCUGAACCCCAACCCCCUCAUCAACGUGCGCGACCGACUUUUCCACGCGCUCUUCUUCAAGAUGGCUGUCACCUACUCGCGGCUCUUCCCGCCUGCCUUCCGCCGCCUCUUCGAGUUCUUCGUACUGCUCAAGGCCCUGUUUGUUCUGUUCGUGCUGGCCUACAUCCACAUUGUCUUCUCCCGCUCGCCCAUUAAUUGCCUGGAGCAUGUACGCGACAAGUGGCCGCGCGAGGGCAUCCUGCGAGUGGAGGUACGGCACAAUUCGAGCCGUGCACCCGUCUUCCUGCAGUUCUGUGAUGGUGGCCGCCAGAGCUUUGCUGGUCUGGCCAUGGAGCCCAGUGGCCUGGAGCUGGAGGAUGAGGAGGAGGAACUCACCAUGGAGAUGUUUGGGAACAGCUCUGUUAAGUUUGAGCUGGACAUUGAACCCAAGGUAUUCAAGCCGCCAAGUGGUACUGAGGCCUUGAAUGACAGUCAGGAGUUCCCUUUCCCUGAGACACCAGCCAAAGUGUGGCCACAGGAUGAGUACAUCGUGGAGUACUCACUGGAGUAUGGCUUCCUGCGUCUGUCACAGGCCACACGCCAGCGCUUGAGCAUCCCCGUCAUGGUUGUCACCCUGGAUCCCACGCGAGACCAGUGCUUCGGAGACCGCUUCAGCCGCCUGCUGCUGGAUGAGUUCCUGGGUUAUGAUGACAUCCUCAUGUCUAGCGUGAAGGGCCUGGCUGAGAAUGAGGAGAACAAAGGCUUCCUGAGGAAUGUGGUGUCCGGCGAGCACUACCGCUUUGUCAGCAUGUGGAUGGCACGCACAUCCUACCUUGCUGCCUUUGUCAUCAUGGUUAUCUUCACGCUCAGUGUGUCCAUGCUGCUCCGCUACUCCCACCACCAGAUCUUCGUCUUCAUCGGUGAGUCCCGGCCGGCCACGGGGGGCGGGGCGGGCUCGCCCCCAGGCCCUCACGAGUGGCCCCCGCGCCCUGUGCCCGCAGUGGACCUGCUGCAGAUGCUGGAGAUGAACAUGGCCAUCGCCUUCCCCGCAGCACCCCUGCUGACCGUCAUCUUAGCCCUCGUUGGGAUGGAGGCCAUCAUGUCUGAGUUUUUCAAUGACACUACCACGGCCUUCUACAUUAUCCUCAUAGUGUGGCUGGCUGACCAGUAUGAUGCCAUUUGCUGCCACACCAACACCAGCAAGCGGCACUGGCUGCGGUUCUUCUACUUGUACCACUUUGCUUUCUACGCCUACCACUACCGCUUCAACGGGCAGUACAGCAGCCUGGCCCUAGUCACCUCCUGGCUCUUCAUCCAGCAUUCCAUGAUCUACUUUUUCCAUCACUAUGAGCUGCCUGCCAUCCUGCAGCAGAUCCGCAUCCAGGAGAUGCUACUGCAGAGCCCGCCACUGGGCCCCGGGACCCCCACAGCACUGCCAGAUGACCUGAACAACAACUCGGGCACCCCAGCUGCCACUCCUGACCCUGCCGGCCAGCCUCUUGCCCUGGGCCCUGGCUCCACUGGAGCCAGUGGGGGGCCUGGGCCUGGGGCCACAGCACCCACCUCCCUAGGGGCUGUAGCUGCUUCAGUGGCGGCUGCGGCAGGGGGUGACCUGGGCUGGAUGGCAGAGACGGCUGCCAUUAUCACAGACGCCUCAUUCCUAUCUGGCUUGAGUGCCUCACUCCUGGAGCGACGGCCUGCUGGGUCCCUGAGUUCCAGUGGGGGCCUCCCCCACACCUCCCAGGACAGUGUCCCCCAGAGUGACUCCUUGGCUGGGCCUGACACAGCCACCCCUGUGGCCACAGGAGGUGGGCCCAGCCUUGCAUCCAUGGCCCCAACGGAUGAACCCUCUCAGGUUGGGUCCUGAGAAGCCCUGGCAGCUGAGCCACCUG